CGUACCAUUUUUCAACAAUUACGUUACUAGUGGUACAGUAAUUUAUCUAACAAAGCCCCGUCGCUAGUUGGUCCGAAGGCGCAGUAUCGCUCAGUUAGAUCAGAUUUUGUUUGGCAAGUUGUAGUUCUGGUGAUGGUAAAUUGUUUCAGGUAAAUGUUGAAUUGAGUGAGUUUACGUAUGCGGUAUAGUGGAAGUUGGUGAAUGCGUGCGCGACGCGGCGACAUGGCGACUGUGCCGCGAAUGUGCAGCGAGCGUGUCGCGACACCGCGACAUUGGUGCCAGCGAGCAGCGGUUGUCGAGUGCCGGCUAGCGGCUGGUGUUUGAGUCAGUCCGUCGGGCGGCUACGAGCGCGCGCGUCUCUCGCACCGCGUCCAGCGCGACAUAACAGACAAGCCGACAAGUCGACGAGCCGACGCCGCGAGCGUGAUCACGCGCCCGCCCGCCCAGCGCGCGCCCUCAACUUUAUUUUAAAAAUAAAAUAUUAUAACUCAAUAAUAUUUACUUUUACCGUUUACAAAGUAAUCAGCGUAUCGAGUUGAACAGUUACGAGUGUUUAUUUGGAAACUAUUAGAAUGAAUAAUUAGUAGUGCCGCAAGAACUUUCAUGAACUUUUUGUGUUGUUACCGAGGAUGUUAACCAAAAUUGCGUGUUUAUCCGAAGACUUUUAAACAUCAAAACGGGUAUUGAGGAAGUGCUUCGUACGGAAUUUAAAAAAGUGGUGGCUCGCAGCGCUGAUGGAGCAAGACUCGAUGGGGAGGGCGAAGAUGUAUCCCGGCUGACUCCUGGCCUGCAUCCGGAGACAACCUUCGACAUGAACGAUAUCCCAUCGAGCCCGUACACGUUGGACAUGCGCAGAAUGCAACUAUACUCCCACCAUCACGUACAUCCUACGGAGCUGUCGAUACACGCGGUGUCCACUCACGAGCUGCUGAAGCCCAAGGAUGAGCCGGUGUAUUCCUUAGCCACUCCUACCAAUUUAUGCUCAGUCGGUUUGCACCAUGCAAGUAGUUCGCCAUUUGACAGCCGAUUGUGCCUGGAAGGCAACGCGGCCGAAACAAAUAACUCACAGAGCGUCAAGGGCGAAGAGGAAUUGACUAGAGUCUACCAGACACUGACUCUCCCGACGCUAGCCUCUAGGGAAGAAUCUAGUUCGAACAACAGUAACGAAACUAAAAGUAAAUCAAAGCCGAUAACGCCUGGCAGUCCCGGCGGAUCCGAGGUUAAGCCCCAGUCUACCACGCAGACGUCGCAGGCGUUAACCAAACCACCGUACUCUUACGUAGCUCUUAUCACAAUGGCCAUACAGAACAGCCAGACAAAACGUGCCACUCUCAGCGAGAUUUACGCUUACAUCACUAAAGAGUUCCCGUUCUUCGAGAAGAACAAGAAAGGCUGGCAGAAUUCCAUCAGACACAAUCUCAGUCUGAACGAAUGCUUCAUUAAAGUGCCGCGGGAGGGCGGCGGUGAAAGAAAAGGAAACUAUUGGACCCUUGAUCCCCAAUGCGGCGAGAUGUUCGAGAAUGGCAACUUCAGGAGGCGGCGCAGGAUGAAGAGGCCAUUCCGCGCGACUCCAUACUCGAAGACACUGUUCGGGGACGGGUACCACGUCGCUCACGUGGCUCAGCAUGUGCCGCCGCACAUGCAGCCGCUGCCGCUUGGUGCACGAAACUAUUUUGGUUCCGCUUCACCGUACCACCCGCCGUCGUACCCCAGAUAUGAUGCCUCGUGGCUGACGCAGUCGGCGGGUGGGCUGGGGUACGCGAGCGCGUGCGGCUCGAUGGGCCGGAGCCCGCCGGGGUGCUCGCCUCACGCCAUCUCGCACCAGUCUCCCCCGGUCCCGGUCAAUCCAUUCACUACACAUCAGCUACAAGGACAGCUCCAGAGUCCUCUACAGCCGAUGCAAUCAAUGCCAAUGAAUACGUACAACCCUAUAGGAGUUACUAGUAUUGACGCAUCCCCGAGCCCUGGACCGACGUACGCCACUACAUCUGCUGGCGGCUUCUCUCCCAACCGGCACCACGACAUCGUCACCUCCACUGACGCCACCGUCACUAGGUUCUCCUUUUGGCCAGAAGGCGGAUCUCCAAGCCCGAACCCUGGAUACGUGCCCCCAAGCAGUUUCUCGCCCAACCGACGCCACGACGCGAUCACCUCGUCCGAGGCAGCCGGCGCGCGAUUCUCGUUCUGGACUGACGGUGAACUUGGAGUGAAGGAAGAAGCAUCGGCGAGCCUGAUUACAAACGCGGCGCCGUAUUCAAAAUGUUUUAUGUAAAACCAAAGCUGGAGGGAAACAAGACUAGUUUUUUGCACUGAGUGUUACGUGCAGGCACGGAUUUAUUUGUUGCUAUGUUUUUAGGUAAAACUUACGAUUUAAUGUUCGUACACUAUUUUAUUUGCAAAAUGGAACGCUUUUUAUGUCGUAGAGAAGAAUGUGAUUUAGCGAAUGAAUCAUUUUGCGAAUUAAACUUCCUGCGAUUACUGUUAAAAGGCAAUGUUCAUGCCUAGGGUUCCCAUAAUAGUAUCGAUACCAACGAAGUAUCGAAAACGUUAGCCGCUAAUAUUUGUUAAUGAGUAAAUAGAGAUGUUUAAAUAGAGUAGUAAGCAGUUUUUGAGUUUUUCCUCGAUACUAGACACUUUGAUAGCUUAUAGAAUCAAUGUUUUAGUCGAUACGUUUUGGUAUCGAUAGUGUUCGGGCCGACUUCGAAUAAUAUUCGGUGUCGUUAUUUGGGGUCGAUAUAAACUCAACCAUCCGGUGCAGAAUAAACUUAUUGACUGUGUAAUCUUGGUGUAGUGAUUAAAAUUUUUGUAAACGUUAAGCGUACAUUUAAAUUAGCGAAACAUUUUAAUUAUGUCAAGGAUAUUGAAUUUAUGAAAAUAAAUCUAUAAAUUGAU